AUGCCCGAUGCUCGGAAGUCGGAAUGGAAGUCGGAACGGAUGCGGAACCUUGCCGCCGUCAUCGACAUCGACAUCGACCCGGAUGGAGUCUCAACCUUCAACCGCGAAACCCGAAUAUCGUCGGCUGAAGUACGUGUAGGCAAGCUAGAUCGGAUUGGCUCACGAACAACGGAUUACCGAUCCGGAUCCGGACGUUUGCUGUUCUCGCAGGCCAUGGUCUUAGCAGGCUCUGAGAAACCAAAAGGCGCCAUUUUUGAAGCAGAAGACUUCGUGAAGGACGGAACCUCUUUCUGCCUCAAAAUCUCCAUGAAUAUACCCAUAUGCUCUCUGGUCUUCCGCUUCACUCGGACUGGGCCUGAAGUCUACGGGAACUGGUACGCCUCCAGCAGCAAACACUUGACGAAAACUGAAGGAAAACUUCACCAUGGAAGCAGCCUCUGA